AUGACAGUAGAGGAAAAAGAAAGUGUUGACAACAACAGUGUUGGCAGGGACUACUUCUGCGGCACCGGAGGCAGCAGCCCGCUGCUGGGCGUUCGCGGCUGGCGCAACCCGGCCACUGCGGUCACCGACGAAGAGCUGGACGGCCGGCUGUCGCUGUCGUUGUCGCUGCCGCAGGCCCUGGGAGGGUCGGACGGCCCUUUGGGCCUGCCCUUGGGCAUGCCGCUGCCCAGGAGCCCCGUGCAGAGCCAGCGCAAGCUGCUGCCGCUGGGGGGCGUCGACAUCCUGCCGCGCAUUCCCGAGGAGAGCGACGAGGACGGCGAGGGGGCCGACGACGACGCGGAGAAGGACAAGCAGGAGCCGGCCAUCCAGCGCUGGACCACUCUGGAGGCCGUCAACGACGUCGCACCUGUCGACAGGGCCGAGGCGCCGCGGGCGAGCGCGCUGUCGUGUCCGCGCAUGCGCUGGCCGGCGCUGCCGCUGCACCUGCAGCGUCUGAGACGGCGGCUGUGCUGCUGCCUGGACCUCGACGUGCGCUUUCGCUGCUACUGGUGGUGCGGCGGGCUCGCCUCGGCCUUCACCAGGCGGCUGACGUACGCGGCGGCGGCGCAGCAGGCGUGCUGGCGGCUGGCCGGCCCGCUGGUGGGCGUGCUGACGCCGCUGCUGGCUCGCGAGGCGGUGGCCGGCUACUCGAGGCAGGAGGCGGCGUUCGCGGCCGCCGUGCCCGCCUUCGGCCGCCUCUGCGCGCUCGUCGCGGCGCCCUGCUGCGCGCGCCUCGCGCCGCCCACCGCCGCCUACCUGGCCGGCGUCUCGGGGCUGCUCACCGCCGCAGGACUCUACGUGCUGCUGGGAGCUGCUACACAUGAUGCGUUGCUGCUAGGGGCAGCAGUUGUUGGACUGGGUGAAGGAGGCCACAUAGCAUGUGGAGCUAGCUUUCUGGAUGAUGCAGACACUUCACUCUUGCAGCCUGCUGUGGAUCUUCUUGUGGGAACCAUCUCAUUGUUGCUUAUCCCACUUCUAGGUCAUUUGUCUUCUCUUUCAUCAGGAAUAUCCCUCUGUCUUGUUGUGGUUACUCUCAUACAAGUUGCUUCUAGUCUAGUGUGGCUGCUAAGGCCACUGGUACAAUCAAUAACAUCACAUUUCCAACAAGAACAUCCUGGAACCACAGAAUGGCGACAGUGUGCAGAUUUGCUCACCCUGAGUUAGCUUUGUUAUGUGAAUAGACAAGUGAAUGUUAUCAGAUGGAGAAAAUAGUGAUGUGCAUGAGUGUUAGUUAUUAACUAAGAACAACAGAGUGAAGGACAAGGACUGUAAAUGACAGAAGAAGCUGAAUGACUUUUGUGAUGUGUACUUUGACAUUUAUGUUGUGUGUUGGUGAAUAGACUAAUUUUCAACUGGUUUGGAGCCAACAGACACACAACAGUGCUUCACAGUCUUUCACCACAAUUAUUUUACAGCAUUUAGUUUCAAAUUUUAAUAGGCAUGGCAUACCAUCUGUAAUGUGGCAUUAUAUUACAGUAGCAAAAAUGCCAUGAAAAAUUCUGAACUCUUAGAACUACUAUGUGCAGUGCUUCAUUAUGCCUUUGACAUAUGUUAUGAAAUUCAGUACAUAAUUCACCACAGUUUAUCAUUUAUGAACAGGCAGUAUUCUUUUCAAGUAACAAUCCUCAAAGACUUUUGGGUUCUGGCAGCUCUAAUGGAUGAGGAGCAAUACAUUUAAGAAAAAGUUUAAAAAAAUAAACCACACAAUGUUGUUUGACAUAUGUAUGCAGUACCUUUCAGAGGACUGUGGCAAAACUGUUUUCAGUCUUUUCUGCAUUAUACAAAAUUACUUAAAAAUCUUCAAAUUUAACUUUAAAUAUUCAAAAGCAGAAUGACAAAUAUGAGCAACAUACAUGUGAGAAAUAAUAUCUAUAGCAAUAUACUUAUGUGUGGUACUGUAGCCAUUCACAGAUUAGCCUUCACAUAGAAAUGCUAAUUGAAAUUCAUAUAUUGUUUUUCAUUUUUCAUUCAUCCAUUCCAUUUCAUUGUCAUAAAUUUAAUAUUAAUAUAUGCUGCCACACAUUAUCAUUAAUUUGAGAGAGAUGUGUAAUCUACUGAUCUGCCCUGAAAAUAAUGAAUUAUGAUGAUGUCAAAAAUUGCUCAAGUUACUUGUGAUGAAGAAUCAAAAUUGUGAAAAUGUUUACAUGGUUUUUAUAAGAAUUGUUAUUAAAUAAUGUUUUGUUUA